UAUGACCAGUCCAUUGUAUUGAUAGCUGCGAGAACUCGUUUGGCAAUAUCACUGCCGGUUGUUAAAAGGACAGUUGCUUAUUCACACAGCUUAAGUGCAGUCACCGCGAUGAAAACUUUAGUGUUUACUUUGUUAUUUGUUGCAACAUGUUCUGCAGUGGACUUUAGUGAAAGAGCCAGUAACUUCAGUAUAGAACUAUUACAUUACACUCAGCUGGAGAAAGAAGGACACGUAGUGAUCUCACCGUUUGGAAUAUGGACACUAAUGACUGGAGUAGCUCUAGGAGCCACAGGUGAGAGUGAAAAACAACUUCUACGUGCAUUUUUCCUGCCUCGCGAUGAAGCGGAUAUAGUAAAAGGAUAUAGAGAUUUGACUAAAACUGUUUUAGACCCUAGAACAUCCGACGUGAAGUUGGCAAGUAAAAACUUUAUGUUCCUAGACCGUGGUUUCGAGGUUUACAAUACAUUUAAAAGUAAGAUGGUCAACGAUUUUGGCGCAAUGGUGAAUAUACUGAACUUCGCAGACCCCAAUUCAGCAGCUCGUGAUGCCAACUCAAUCAUUCAAGGUUCAGGCGCCAUGGUAUCUAAUGUUUUAAAAUCCACAGAUUUCAAAGAGUCUAGAAUGAUUCUUACAAACGCAAUAAGCUUCAAAGGUUUGUGGAUGUCGCCUUUUAAUAAAUCAGAGACAACUUUGGAGUCAUUUUAUGACGAGCAAAGAAAUUUAAUUGGAAAAGUUAACAUGAUGUACCAGAGAGCAGAAUUUGCUUAUUCCAGUAUGCCAAGUAUGAAAUCGCUCAUUGUUGAGCUGCCGUAUGGUAAAGAUAAAAAAUAUUGCAUGCUACUUAUCCUUCCACAUCAUAAAGUGUCAGUGGCCGAUGUGUAUAAAAAGUUCGCCAGUGUAUCUUUUAAAGAUAUAUUUGCAAAACUACAGAAAGACGUUGACGAAUACGGUUUUGAAGAGAUUGAAGUGAAAUUACCAAGAUUUAAGAUUAGUACAAAUGUUGUACUUAAUAGCCCGUUGAACAAUAUGGGUGUUUAUGAUAUUUUCGAUCAAGUAUCGGCGAGUUUUAAGAAAGUUUCCAGUGAGAGUAUAUACGUAUCAGCUAUUGUACAUAAAGCUGAUAUCGAAGUGACUGAAUCUGGUACAGUGGCGUCAGCUUCAACGAGUGCUUACUUUGCUGACAGGAUAUCCACACCCACAUUCAAUGCUGAUAGACCUUUCCUGUACUUCGUUAUGGAGAAACCCACAGCAACUGUUAUCUUCAGUGGUAUUUACUCUAAGCCGUCUGUGUUCUAGUUAUGUAAUAAAUGUUUAUAUUAGACGAACGAGUUCCCGCGACUACGCCCUGGUAGAUUUGAUUGAAUUGAUUUGCAAUGGAUAAUUCGUUGCACGGAACCGGGAACGGAGUGAAGUGUCAUUUUAAGAUAUCUGUCAGUAAAAAUUCUAUCUCAACCGGACCGGCUGGUUCAAAAAUGUUAAAAAUAUACUUCCAAUCAUGUUUUUACAUACUAUAUAUGCUGUUAAUACAUUAAUCCAGCUAAUUCAACCUAGGCGAAUUUAAAUUAUUUUACUUUUUUGCUUGUGAACCCAUUGUUAUGAAACAGACACGUGUUAUGGAAAUAUAUUUUAGCAAUAUAUCAGUGAAUCCUUGAGAUAGAAAUAAUUAUCAAAAAUAUUAUUUUCCCUCAGUUGUAUAUAAAGUAAAUUAAUUGUUAUUUUGAAGAAUAGUUUAUGGUGUCGAUAACGUUUCGCUUAUAUGAUUUUAUUACACCUAUUAUAUAUGUGUCUAAGGUGAAUAUGUUUAUGAUUAGUAGUACAAUAUGUGUUUAUAGAUACAAUAUGAUGAGCAUUUAUACUAGAUACAUAUCUUUACGUGAGAUUUAAUUUAAUUUUAUAAAUAUAACGAUCACUAAUUGUGAUCAUGGUUACAUAGUUAAAUCAUUGUCUUGUUUACUUAUUUAAUACAUGUGUAUCUAUGUAUCCUGGUUUAUCUACACACUCGAGUGUAUCUCUGUACUCAGAUGUAUCUAUACUUACACUCAGGUGUAUCUCUAUAUAUACCUAGGAGUACCCUAUAAGCACUGUUUAAACUUCACUUCACUUGUUAUUGUGAAUAAAUCAUGUCAUGUAA